AAAAAAAACAGAAAAGGGACGAGAAGGAAGACGAUGGGAGGGCAUGGAGGGUUGAACAUCCUGCCCCAGAAGCGAUGGAACGUCUACAACUACGAGAACCGCGAGAAGGUCCGCAAAGACGAAGAGGCUGCUGCGAAGGAGGAGCAGCUCAAACGGGAGCAGUCACGCCGCCGAGAUGCCGAGUUACGCCUCGAGCGCCUCCGACAAGCCCGCAAUCUCCCAAACCCUAACCCUAAUCCUGCCGAUUCCCACCAUAUCAAUCUCUUUGAAUCACUCCCGGAUUUCAACUUUGAAUCCCAGCCCAAAACCAAGAAGAUCGAAGAUGAACGACCUAGGGAUUUGAAGAAGCGGAGGAGGGAAGAGCCCCCUGCUGUCGGACCGGAGGAGGAGAAGUAUAAAUUGGGGUAUGGACUAGUUGGGAAGGGCGUGAAGGCACCGUGGUAUGUAUCGGGAGCGUCCUUGUUUUCUUCGGAAGAUGGCGAUGGAGGUCGUGGGUCAGUGAACGGUGCCGAGACGUCGAGGAAGAAGAGUGGGGGGAAGAAGACGAUCGAAGAGAUGAGGGAGGAGAGGAUAAGGAGGGAGAAGCGGGAGAAGGAGAAGGAAAUCAAGCUUCUCUCCUCUGUGGCGAGAGAAUCAAAUAAAGGGUUCUCGAGGCGUAGGUCGUAAAUUUGAUGCUUCGGAUGAAUGAUGGAUGCAUUUCUUUGAAGCAUUGUACUUUUGCACCAGAUCAUGGUUCAUGAAGUCCGGUAGCAGUUGUUGAUUGAUGACUUGAGUUUUUCCAGCAUAUCUGUAAACAGCAAGAGCAUAUCCCACUCCAUAUUCGAUCAGCUGAUUCAAUUAUAGCUCUGUAAUUUGGAUCACAGGAACAAAUUAUGCAAGCAAUGCUUCGACUAUUACUGAGUCAAAUAGUAGUUAAUUUCAUUAAGCUUGCAGUCUGUUUAGUAAGCCAUUGAGGCUUAUUGGUGUGUUGAAGUAAGGGAUCUUAUGUUAGCCUCUUUUGUAGUCACUUCUUAGGAAAACACCUGCUCUUUUCGGAGAAAUAGUAGGAGGUAUUUUGGCAAUUAGGAUACUUGCAUGGCAAACACAAGUUGUGCUAUGCUUACUGCAUACACUGGAAAGACUUACAUUUUGAGCCAAUCUAGAAUCUCAGU